CAAGCUAGCAAUGUCCAAAAUCAAGAACAUAAUUUGGCCUCAAGUGAUUUUAUUUGGCGACUCGAUCACACAGUUUUCAUUCCAACCUAAUGGAUGGGGUUCCGAAAUUGCAAAUCAACUAGCCAGGAUUCACGUGAUAUUCAAUAACUAUGGUAACCAACAUAAGAUUUGGACCCAACUUCUUCCUCCUGUUGAGAACACAAGGAACCAUUGAAAUUGUAAAAAGCCACCCACGGACCCCUCCACAUCAAUCCCACCCCAACAACCAGUAUACAGUAUCAGUUCUCUGUCUGAACUAGCUACAAAUUUAUAACGGGAAAAUGUGAUUCUCCAUUACAGGAUAGGUACUGUUUGGUGAAGCACAGGUCAUUUACCACUAACCUUAACUUGGCAAUGUUAUCAUCGAUCUCGAUUCUGCCAAACAUGUUUCUUCUAAAAUGUGGUUCGUGGUUUGAAUUUGGAAAAUGCUCAGUUACUCAAAUAAAUUAUUUGCUCCAUGAAGUAAUCCUAAACUGUGUACGCUGCCAUCUUGUCUAUUUCAAAUCCUCUCUCAUUGAUCGAGAUGGAUUACUUCAUGGAGCAAAGCAUUUAUGUAUUUUAAUAACGGAGCAUUUUCUACAUUUUUUAAACGAACCAAAGUUUUUGUUGUUGUCUGGUCACAGACUGCUGAUGUGCUGUGCACUGAAGUCCACAAGUGAAUGGGAAAGAAAAUGUGACGUUGUGAACAGAGGGUUGUCAGGCUACAACUCCAGGUGGGCAAAGAUUGUCUUGCCUCGCCUCAUCUCCAAGGACAGUGCUUCAAGCAACCACAUAGCUGCUGUCACGGUCUUCUUUGGUGCCAACGACUGUGCUUUAGAAGAUAAGAACCCACAGCAGCACAUCCCAUUGCAGGAGUACUCCGAGAACCUGAAGGACAUUGUCAAACACCUGGGGUCUGUGGGUGUGUCUGCAGACAAGGUCAUCUUCAUCACUCCUCCACCUCUGCAUGAGCCAGCCUGGGAGAAGGAGUGUGUCCUGAAAGGUAGUGCUCUGAACCGUCUCAACUCUGUGGCUGGCCAGUAUGCCCAGGCCUGUGUGCAGGCUGCCGGUCAGUGUGGGGCAGACGUGCUGGACCUCUGGACUCUCAUGCAGAAAGAUGGACAGGACUUCACAGGCUACCUCUCAGACGGGCUCCAUCUCUCUGAGAAGGGGAACCAGUUUGUGUCACAGCAUCUGUGGACGCUGUUGAAGAGCAGGGUGGAGGAGUUGCCCUUCAUCCUGCCUUACUGGGGCGACGUAGACCCUAAACAGCCAGAGAGUGGUCUACUGUGUGACUGAUGGCCCUCAGGCUGAGUGAGAGGGGAAGGGUAGAGAUGGGGCCUCAGGUCCACCCAGUUAUGUCCACUGGUCGGCUACGGUAAUGGGAUGACAAAGGGGUUGGAAUCAGUCCUCAUUCCAUACGACUGAAAUAUAUAAAACCACGAUAUGAAAUGUUUUUAAAUGUUCUUUUUAAAUUUCCUGAGGUCUGUGUUGAAACACUAUUUUUUAGAAUGUGUGUGUUCACUGUAAGCAAGAAGCCAGUUUCAAGUGGGCAUACACAUUUUAUUCAUCCAGGUCAUUGAGUACACCCUGCACAUGAAACAGGACAGUCAGAAGACAUAUGGAGUCGAGUUUCCCCUCGCAUCUCAGAGCUAAUACUAUGAUGUAGGCUUAUACUCACGAUAUCUGUGGACAAUAGGCUAUUAUAACAAAGCUGCAGAAUGCCCUUGGCCCACAAGCAAACAUUUCAACAUAUACGCAAGUACUCAUCACCUAAUAUACAGGAAAUGGUGAAAAGAUUCUACAAGCUGAUAGGUAUUCAUUCAUCAUUGGCACGAGAAUAUUCCAAAGAAGGGCUUACGGAGCUUAGAAAUAGCAGUUCCCAUUAGUAAGCACAAUUUUCAUCUGGGGUGAUUGUGACAUUCCCGUUGCCUACAGUACAUACAGAAAUAAGGAGCAGUGGUCAAAAUGAAAACAUGUAGGCUCAACUUCAGAAACGAGGCACUAGUGUUGUGGAUUUAAAAAAAUUAAAUAAAUCAGAAGUUGGUCAACAAAUAA